AUGAAUUCCCAGAGUUCAAUGAAUAACGCUGAAAUGCAAAUUCCACAUGCAGUUUCGACCCCUGUUGUUCCUACAAAUUCUACUACGAAUAGGCAAACUAGCAAUGCUAAUAAUAGGCAAAAUUCUACAGCUCCAAAUGGAAACAUCCCAGUACAAACUGCCAACCCCAAUGCUCCUUUGAAUAUUAAUUUGGCAGAACGCCAAUUUUCUGACCUUCUAGGUUCAUUAAAAGUUCGUCAAGAAAUUCAAACGACAUUUAGCACCUGUAGUGCUCGUUUUAAUGGAGGUUGUAGUACAUCAAAGGUGGAGGAUUUUAUUGCUACAAUCUUAGUCUUCAAAGAAGCUGAACACGUUUCUGAUUUAAUGGCCCUAACUAGCUUACCUUUAUUGCUUGAAGGUUAUGCAUCGUCAUGGUGGCAAGGUGUUAAGCAUGAGGCUAGAACUUUUGAUGAAGCUAUAGAGCUCCUACGCAGCGCAUUUGCUCCUCCUAAACCAGAUUGGAGAAUAUAUGCGGAAAUUUUUCAGGACAAACAGAAAUUGUUUGAGUCCACAGACAGUUUUAUUUGUCGAAAAAGAUGUCUAUUUGCACAACUCAAAGAAGGACUCCCAGAGAGCACCAAAAUUAAUAUGGUUUUUUCAUUACUAAACAUUCAAAUACGCGAAAAAAUGUCUCGAGAAAGCAUAGAAACUUUUCAAGAUCUGCUCUCGAAAGCUCGCGAUAUUGAGCUGCUAAAUAAUGAAAAUAACCCACAACAUUCUAAAAAGUCGAUGGACGAAAAAAACAUUUCUCAGGCUAAAUGUUCUUUCUGUAGAAAGAAGAACCACACUGCUGAUGUCUGUUAUAAACGUCUAGAGAUGGAGAAAAAGAAGAAACCCGAAGAAACCAAGCUAAAUUGUUAUGGAUGUGGCGCUUUAGGUUUUCACAGAUCAAAUUGCCCAACAUGCAAUUAUAAAACGGUAUUGGAAAGCCCAAAAGAAAUGGAUUUUCAUAGCAUUCAAACAAAUUUAAUUGGCCGUAAUGUACCAACGGUAGAAAUUAACGUGAAUGGAUUAAAAGGUGAAGCUUACCUGGAUACAGCUGCCAGAACUAGCAUAGCUGGACAUUUUUUAUAUAAAAAACUUUUGGAAAAGAAAGUAAAAUUCCAAUCGGUCUUUGCGGAAAUUACCCUAGCAGAUGGAAUAUCUCGAAAACAAAAUGUAUACUCAACUAUAGUUGAUAUCAUGAUUGGUAAUCGCCUAAAGCGAAUUCGUUUUAUAUGUCUACCAACGGCUAAAGAUAACAGAACCUUACUCGGCAUUGACUUUCUAGAGCAAGCCGGUAUUGUAAUGGAUCUAGCCCAAAGAAAUUGGCAUUAUAAAGAUGAACCUCAGAAGAUUUUCGAAUUUAAGCCAAAACCAUCUAAGGUUAAAGAUGACGUAUGUCUUAACGAAGCCAACAUACAUGAUAACAAGCCAAGUUCAUCCAAUGUUAGCCAUAUUAAUGAUUUUAUGUCAUGGUUUGAAUCCAACAACAAACAAGAAUCACAAACUAUACCAACCCUAAAAUCAAUUUAUUCUCCACAAAAUGAUUAUUCCCCAAGAGGUAUUCUUAAGAUAUUCGAAGAUGCGUUACCCCAAAAUUUUGAAAUGCCGAAAGAAAACGAUGUCGAUUUGUUCCCCCCAUUGAAGAAAAAGAGGAUAAAUUUGGAGUCUCCACUAACAAAAGCAUUUGAACUAAAUGCAGUCGAUUUUAAUAUUUCUGAAAAUGAAAAUUCCAAUGUAAAUUUAACUCAAAAAGAAAAUUUAAUAAAACUUUUGAAAUCUUAUGAAUGUGUUUUUAAUAAUAUUAGCUCACCUAUUAGAGGAAUUAAACAUAAAAUAGAUACUGGAAAUCACACACCCAUAACUAACCCACCCUAUAGAAUUUCACCUGCUAUGAAAGAAAAAUUAAAGAAAGAAUUAAAUGAUAUGUUAUCAAAAGGAAUUAUAGAAGAAAAGGAAUCUCCAUGGGCAUUUCCUGUUGUUUUAAUACCCAAAAAAGAUAACUCAAUACGUCUCUGUGUCGAUUAUCGUAAGCUAAAUGACAUAACUGUUACCGAUACAUACCCAUUACCUAGAAUGGAAUAUCUGCUACAUGCUGCCAAAACUACGCCUUAUAUGUCAACAAUUGAUUUAAAAUCAGGUUACUGGCAAAUUGAAAUGAACGAGGAAGAUAAGUUAAAAACAGCAUUUAUUACUCCUUUUGGAAUAUAUGUUUUCAAUAGAAUGCCUUUUGGACUCAAAAAUGCUCCAGCAACAUUCCAAAGAGCAAUUGAUAAGAUAAAAUCAAGCCUUCCAAAUGUACUUAUUUUAGUAUAUAUAGACGAUAUCAUUAUUUGUUCUAAAUAUUUUACUAGUCAUUUAACUGAUCUAGAACUCACUUUUAAUAAACUAAAAGCAAUUGGUUUUCAUCUAAAUAAGGAAAAAUGUUAUUUCUGCAAACCUAAAGUUAAAUACUUAGGUCAUAUUUUAACAAAAGAUGGCAUUGAAAUUGAUCCUGAUAAGACGUCAGCCAUUUUAAACCGUCAAACUCCCAAAAAUCUCAAACAACUUAUGUCAUUUCUACAAACUUGCUCAUGGUUUAGAAGAUUUAUACCAAAUUUUGCUGAAAUUUCAAAACCUCUCUCAAAUUUGACCAAAAAGAAUGUUGUAUGGAAGUGGUCAACUAAUGAAAAUAAAUCAUUCCUGAACAAUCAUUUGAAUAAUAAAGACCUAUUAAACUAA